UGCUAUGGAUGCGAUUAACAGCUCUCCCAUAGAAUGGAUUGAUCAGGUUAGAAUUUAAAACCUUACAGACCCUAUUGUCCACUUCCAGACUGAAACAGCUUCUGCCUCAAAGUUCCCUGUCAGUACCAAUGCUCAUUUAUAUGGUCCCUGAGGAAUUUGUGUUUCCAUAGGAACGGAGUUAACCAUCACAUCACUUUAGAAAUGAAAUUCAGUUCUAUCCACAGUGUAGAACAUUCUGCCACUGAGUGCACAUCCUCUGCCUGGUCUUUCAAACCUCAACGCAAACACAGCUUGAAAUCUCACAGACUCCACCUCGCUACACAUGCACAUGCAGGCUACAAGACAUCCCUGUGGAUUAAGAGUGUCCCUGGCAUGUAUAAAUGCAGCGUGACAGCCUGGCUGGAAUAGGGUUACAGAUGCAUGGCAUUGUUGCCCCUUAAACAAGCAGCACAUCCAGCAAAGCCAAAAAAAAGAAAACCCAAUCUGUCUGGUUAUUGUUUGUCAGCUUUUAAGGCUGGGAAAAUGAUGCUUCUGAACAUAGACUCCAAGCACUGGCUUGGCAGUAUGGAUUAAAGAGAACCCCACGAUUUCAAGCCAAGUUACACACUGCCAUUGCAUAGACAGAAAGCAGCAGGAGAAUGCUAAACUCAACUGGGAUUACCUGCCAAUAGCACUAACUAGAUCACCAGCUCUGCCAAGUACUGACACCAUGGAUCUCUCGUUCAUGGCUGCACAGCUUCCUGUAAUGGGAGGAGCUUUUAUGGAUUCGCCUAAUGAGGACUUUGGAACAGAGUACUCCUUAUUUAACUCAUCAGCUAAUGUGCAUGCAGCUGCCUCAGCUCAGAACCAACCAGAAGAGCCACCUCGCUCCUCAAACGAUGCCAUUUUGUUGUGGAUUGCAAUCAUUGCCACAAUUGGUAAUAUUGUUGUUGUUGGAGUGGUGUAUGCCUUCACAUUCUAAGAAGACUGAAAAGUACAGACAUAUGCCAUGUGAUGGCAUAAACAGUAUUUUUUAUUAAUGUGCCCAUUAUGUUUAUUAUUUAAGUGCUGUCCGGCCUAAAACAAAACACUAUUAAACAUUUAGGAAAGGAAGAGAUGUUACACAGUGAAAAAUAAAACUAGGCAAAGUGCUUCUCCAUUACAUAAGUUUUGUUGGUGUAUGGUGUGUACACCACCUCUUUUAUUGACAGAACUUGAACAAGUAAAACAACUAUAGCCUAGCGUUUGCUGUGUAUAUACUUAUUGUUUCUAUUGUCAAAUGUAUUUAAUAGCCUUGUAUUAGCUGUGCGUUUGAAAUUAUUGUGAAAACAUGGAACAGUUAUAUUUGGUGUAGUCAGAGAUUUUAAUGAGCAAGACGUCCAGCUGUAUGAGGAAGAAAAGAACAUGUGUACAGAUCUAAUUAGUUGAUUACACAGCUCUUGGAAAUAUGUUAUGGUAAAUACAGGGUAUGAAAUGUAAUUACUCAACCUUUGCAUUAAGCCAUGAUAAUGCAUUUAAACAGAUGUACACACAAAUAAGGGCUUAGGAGUACUCUGUAUCUGGAGAAUGUUUUUUUUUUAGUUAUUUUCUUAUUUGUGUUUCUAAAGCAUUAUUAAUUGUUUAGUAAACAGAUUCAUUAUUUUGCUUGUCAAGGAAACAGGAUUUUGAUGACUUAUCAUUUCACUUAUCAUCAUUUCACAAUAGAUUGGUUAUUUUUACAUUUACACUGCAAAUAAUUUAGGAAACCCGCUGACAUUGUCUUUACCAUGAUUUUCCCUUGGGGCACGGAACCCCAAUAAAGCAUUUGACUUCAUUUGGUUAUUAUUGGGGAUGCACCUAAUACUUCAUUUUUGGAUUCAGCAGAAUGCUAAAUCCAUGAUGAAAAAUUCAACUGUAUCCUGAAAGGAAUCUGAACACCAAUUUGAUUAAAACGUUGAUUUAAUUUAAUGUUUUAUUUAUAUCUGAGUUUAUCCUAAACAAUUUGCAUAAAAAAAUGUUGUUUGAUGCUUUACUUUACGAAUUCAGAUUCAGUUUGGCUUAGGUCUAACGAUUUUUUAAUCUGAAUUCUACAAAAAGUGUAGUCCAAUCCUAAACUGAAUCUUAAAUUUGGUGUAUCCCUAGUUAUUACACAAAGGUACUCUGGGAUUUAUUAAAUUCUAGCUUUUAUAAACCAAAGAUUCUCAUUAAAAAUGAUUUAUUAUUUAUCAUUAGAACAUACAGUAACAUGUCAAACGCAACUUAAGUUGAUAAAAUGAACAGCCAUACAUGGGCUGAUAUUGGCCUGCAACUUUUGUUUGAUAAACUUAAGGACCCCUUACUUUUACACUAGAGAUGGCAAUUGCAAUUUUUAUGUACCAAAGGCAAUAAUAUUCAGAAUUACAACGUAAUAGCCUUUGUUUAUUUAGUGCCAACAUGUUACACAGAGCUUUGCAGAGAUUGUUCAGCAUUCAUGUCAAUCCCUGACCCAAUUACAACCUAAUUCAUAUUCACAAAAAGGCACGCAGUAGGGUCAAUUUCAUUAAGAGUAUCAAGUAAGAGGUGGAGCAGAAAUGUUCUCCAGAAUACCAAUGGUCAAAUCUUCAUCUACAUCUAGUGUAUAGUGUUUGAUGUACAACAUACUUUCUUAUAACUUUUCUGUAAAAGAGGAAAUAAACCAUUUAUACAUAGAAUUUAGCAUCCCUGUCUCUUAACAUGAAUACACAGUAAAGUCUGAGAGUUUAGCUUUGCAAGAACAUAUCUUUACACCAUCUGUACAUAUACAUAAUGAAUCUAUAGAAUUGUUGCUGCCUUCUAGAUUACUUUAGUUGACACAUUCUCUAAAGACUUUGCACAUUCAGAUGUCAGAAAUAAGUUGUGUGAUUCCAUUUAAGCCUGGGAAAUUUGUUGAAGUAAAUGGUAUAGCAGCUUCAAAUGCAAUACACAUUACUGUUUCUGUCAGCUGAAAUACAUAAUUAUUGAAUACUAAUUCUGCUUAUCCUGCCACAUUCUUUACUGUCUAUUCAUAGAAUUAAUUUUAACUCUAAUUAUUAAGUAAAUAUAUAUAUAUUAAUUUAAGAUUUAAAAUUGUUAGUAUAACUACCACCAAGUGACCUUCAAUAGUUGUCUAUUAUUCACUUUAUGGGCCCUUCUCUUUUCUUUGAUAUUUUAUAGCACCAAACUGCCAGGAGACCUUGUGCCUGGCAUUUACAGGGGAGGGAAGAAAUAAAAGCCAUUAGUGGAAGAACAAUAACUUUGUGUGAACAAUUUGCCAUUGUGAUAGAAAUUGUGUUAACCCACAAAGGUAUUCAGCAACUUGCCCCCUACUAAAAAUAGUUUAUGCAUCUUUUAGUUUUUGCCCAUGUGUAACGUGUAUAAUUAUACUUCUUACUUAAAAAGGUAUUUUGUGAUAUAAAAGCCACAUUUUAGCAGGUAUUUACAAAAAGUGCUAUGCUUUGUAAUGUAUUGUAACAAUAAUAAAUUGUGGAAUACAAAUUCUCUAA